UGUUGGUUGCCAAGACCAUCUACUUAUUUCCCUCCUCUUUCUUCAAACUCUGCUUCCUUGUCACUGUUGCAAACACAGAUUCUGUGCUGUUUGUGCUCUCUUAGUCACCUUCUUCUGUUGCACAGUUUGAAAGCAAAAAAACACAAAAGUAUAUAUAAAAGAAAUAAAGAAAAACCACUUUCCAGUGUUGUGUGAAAAGGUUGUUGCUCUGCUUUGUUGUGUGAAGAGUGUGUAGAAUAAGAAGGCAUAGAGAAGAAAAUGAAGUACGUGUUGGUGACUGGAGGAGUUGUUAGUGGCCUUGGCAAAGGUGUUACAGCCAGUAGUAUUGGUUUGCUUCUCAAAGCUUGUGGACUUAGAGUCACUGCCAUCAAAAUUGAUCCUUACUUGAACACAGAUGCGGGAACAAUGUCCCCUUUUGAGCAUGGAGAAGUGUUUGUGUUGGAUGAUGGUGGUGAGGUGGACCUGGAUCUUGGAAAUUAUGAGCGUUUUAUGGACAUCAAGUUGACCCGUGAUAAUAACAUAACUACUGGGAAGAUUUACCAGUCUGUCAUUGAUAAAGAAAGAAGAGGAGACUAUUUGGGAAAAACUGUUCAGGUUGUCCCUCAUAUCACUGAUGCUAUUCAAGAUUGGAUUGAAAGGGUGGCCCACAUACCGGUAGAUGGAAAGACCGGUUCAGCUGAUGUUUGUGUCAUAGAAUUGGGUGGAACCAUAGGAGAUAUUGAGUCCAUGCCAUUUAUUCAGGCACUAGGACAAUUUUCAUACAGAGUGGGUGCUGGCAACUUUUGCUUGGUUCAUGUCAGCCUCGUUCCUGUUUUGAAUGUUGUUGGUGAACAGAAAACAAAACCAACCCAACAUAGUGUUCGUGGACUAAGAGGCCAAGGGCUCACUCCACAUAUCUUAGCAUGCCGCAGCACAGUGGUACUGGAUGAGAAUGCAAAGGAAAAGCUCUCUCAAUUUUGCCUAAUUCCAGCAGAAAACAUUAUUACUCUUUAUGAUGUUCCCAACAUCUGGCACAUUCCUUUGCUUUUAAGAGAUCAGAAGGCUCAUGAAGCAAUAUUUAAAGUGCUGAACCUUAAUGGUGUAAAUCAAGAGCCUAAAUUAGAAGAAUGGACUUGCAGAGCUGAAUCUAGUGAUUUGCUUCAUGAGCCAGUUCGUAUAGCCCUAGUGGGGAAAUAUACGUGCCUUUCAGAUUCCUACCUUUCAGUUCUAAAGGCCUUACUGCAUGCUUCUGUUGAUUGCCAAAAGAAACUUUUUGUGGACUGGAUUCCUGCUAGCAACCUUGAAAAUGCAACUGCAAAAGAGAAUCCCGAUGCUUAUAAGGCAGCAUGGAAGUUGUUAAAGGGUGCAGAUGGUAUUCUAGUUCCUGGAGGAUUUGGGGACAGAGGAGUGCAAGGAAAAAUUAUUGCAGCUAAAUAUGCUCGUGAAAACAGGAUUCCUUUCCUUGGCAUUUGUCUUGGAAUGCAGGUUGCUGUCAUAGAGUUUGCAAGAUCUGUUCUUGGUGUGCAAGAUGCUAACAGCACUGAAUUUGAGCCACACACCAAAAGCCCAUACAUCAUAUUUAUGCCUGAGGGAUCAAAAACACAUAUGGGAGGCACCAUGCGCCUUGGAUCUAGGAGGACAUAUUUCCAAACCAAGGAAUGCAAAUCUGCAAAAUUGUAUGGCUGCAAAAGCUUCAUUGAUGAGAGACAUCGGCAUAGAUAUGAGGUGAAUCCGGAAUUGGUAUCUCGCCUUGAAAAUGCUGGUCUUACUUUUGCUGGGAAGGAUGAAACAGGUCAACGGAUGGAGAUUGUUGAGCUACCUAACCAUCCCUAUUUUAUUGGUGUUCAAUUCCAUCCUGAAUUCAAAUCAAGACCAGCAAAACCUUCUCCUUUGUUCUUAGGGUUCAUUGGAGCAGCAUGUGGACAAUUGGAUGCAGUUUUACAACGCUCUUCAAAUGUUGAUAAUAGUCUCUCAAAAGGGGUAGGCAAUGAUAUCUCAGCAGUCAAAACAUACCGAACUAGAACCGCUACAAAGGCAGCAUAUAGGACUGUAUAUGGCAAUUGCAACGGGUUGCAUUUCUAAAAGUUAAUGUUCUUCCUUCAAGUUAAUUGGUUAAGUAUGUGUUGAGGGCUUUCAGAGAGCUUUUCUGUACAGUCAUCUGAACCUUGGUAGAUAUAGAGUUUUCAGAGGAUAUAGAGAAGAGCUUACUCCCGGUCUUUUUAAUGGGGGACCAGCUCAUUUUAGUUUAUAAUGGUUUGAGUGGGAAACUCUGAAUAUUGUCUUAUGAUUUAGGAUAUGGAAACUCUUGGUUUUGCAAAGAUCUUAGCUGUCUAUAGAAGAAUUCUUGUAAGCUUCAACUAUCUUCUUUUUAUUUGUAAUGUGAAUUUUCAUGUCAGUUUUUUUUGGA